GUUUUCUGACUCGAUUGACUAGUAAAAAAGAUUGCUGUUUUUUGCAACUUUACCCUUAAAGUUUUCUUUAUCGAAUUUCUGUGUUUGCAAUUUUGUGUAGUUUAGUUAUUAAAUUUUAAUUUUAAAUGUUGUUUAACAUUUGCUUUCGAAUUUACCAUCUUCGCCUGCUUCACGAACAGUAAGAUGCAACAAGAAGAAUUGGCAUACCUAAUAAUCCAGAGCUGAAGAUUUCUUAGAUCCACGCGACCUUCUCAAUAAACAAGAUGACUCUACCUAGCAGUGAAUCGACUAUGAUACGAAAUGUCAAGUUGGAAGUUGACGAUGAAAAUCGCAUGGAUGUGGAUAUGGUGGAAGAACCAGCCAAUCCCAUGGACGGAAUUGAUUCAGAAGAAGAAGAAGGACAAGUAUCUGAGGAAGGAGAGAUUUGGGACUCAGGAGGGCCUGAUUCUCCUGUUCAGCCUAAUAAUGCGAAAACCCCAACCGAAUCAAACCGUAAUUUCAGAGGUUUUACAACGAUCCUUGAGGAAGCGGAAGAACCUGAUGCUGCCAAAUUAGAAGAACGAGCGAAACGUUUUGGACUGGACCCAUCUGAGCCAAAACCAAUUUUGAGUAAAAAAAUCCGCAAUCUCUAUGAAAGCAUGGGAGUUGAUCCUCAUGACAAACUAUUCAGACUGAAUACGAUCCACAUGGAAGGAACUGAAAACAUGAACACCCAGGAUGUGUUUGAUUAUUUCAAAGAGUAUGCACCCAUUGCAGUAGAGUGGAUCAAAGAUAGUUCAUGUAAUGUUGUGUGGAUAGAGGAAAUUACAGCGGCUCGAGCCCUCAUGGAAACCUCAAAGAAAAUUAUCACUGACUCAAGAUCAAACGGAACCAUAAAAUAUAACGAAGAAUUUUUAUCUGAUACUGAAAUAGCUCCAAGUAGUAAUAAAAAGGAUGAAGACAAAGACGCGGUGAAAGUGUCCGACCUAAAGACAACUGUUCCACCUGGUAUUUGGAGGAAAGGCAAAGAUUGCCCAAAAUCAGACUCCAUUUUCCUUCGUUUUGCCACAUUUGCUGAUAAGAAAGUCAUGAACAACAUCAAGAACAAUGACUACAUCAAUAAAUUCGGCAUGAUCUCAAGUCAUCGUCAGCCGCCGUUUGGAAAUGAACGAAUGUUCAGAAGACCACAUUACGAUGUUGGCGAUGAGGUAGCAGCUACCGACGCAAGGGCAAAACUGUUGAGUAAAACGGGUAAUCCAUGGAGUAGCAUAGCUUACACAUGGGGAAUGUUCGACCGGACUAAAUAUCCAGUGAAGAACUUUCCACCUGAGAAAAAAGAAGAAGACAAUUUCUUCGCAGAGCUUCCCAAACAUUCUCCACUCUCAACUAAACUUGGAAUCGUUUCUGAAGACGGAGAAGAAUGGAGAUCACGGAUUAGAGCUCCCAGGAUGAGGAUGCAUGCUGAUGAUGAAGCUUCAGCACCUCGCAGGGUUUUGAAACCCAGCCGGAGAUCCAACGUCAUGAGCAGACUGGGUGGAAAAGAAGUUCUAGAAAUUGCCCCUCUUCAGAUCAAGGUCGAACGAGGCUCAUCAAUCAGUGAUAACGAAGGAGUGACAGAAGCGGUAGUCAGUGAUUCCGCUCCAAUUGAGGAGGAAGAAGAGGACUUGGAGGAGGAUUCCCCGUCAACGUUGCAGAUCACGAGAGUCAUCUCGCCUGUCCAGAGGAAAAGGCCGACUCGCAAAGCAGUGAGACGCAAGAAAAUCAAAAAGCGCAAAGUAGAAUCUUCAAGCUCAAGCUCAGACUCCAGUUCGGAUGAUGAAAGCUCCAGUGACUCGAGUAGCAGUUCUAGUAGUAGCGGUUCAAGCAGCGAUAGUUCCUCCAGUAGUAGUAGUUCGGGUAGCAGCAGUUCAAGUAGUGAUAGUAGUAGCAGUUCUAGUUCUAGUGGUAGUUCUAGCUCCAGCAGCAGUUCUUCGAGUAGUGAUAGUGAAUCGGACACGGAGAAGGUCGCUAGGAAGAAAGUCAAAGUCAGCAAAUCACGGAAGUCAGUUCUGCAAGGUGCUCAAAGUCGUGAUAGACAAAGAGUCCUCUCUGAGUUUAGUACAAAUUACGACGAUGAAGAGGAUGACUUCGAUCUCCCCAUAAAACAACGAAGUGCAGUACAUUGCGUUUCGAUGCCAGCAGUGCGGCAGCCCCACGUCAGAGACUUAAGAUUUACGAUAAAGAAUUCAAGGAAUAAUAAGUUGUCAACAAACCGCUUCAAGCCCAAACGACUGAACGAUCGGCGUGAUGGCGCACAACGCCGGGAAGGGCGCUUCCAUGAUGUGCGACGGGACCCCCCACUGGGUGGAAUAACUGAUCUCCGGGAGAAGCUUCGCAACAGAAAGAUGAACAAAGUUUCACGGUUGAAGGAAGACCGGUUCGACAUAGAUUCGCCACUUCAAAUAGAGGUUGAUAAUGAUCUGUACUACCGCAGAUAAAUAUUAUAUUUCGAGUGCAACUCAUUUUGCUACAAUUUUUUUUUUUUUGUGAUGUGCGUAGUUACAACCCUGUAAUUACGAGGUUCUCAAAUUUCUCCCAGGAAGUCAGUGAGCUCUCUGAGUGAAGAUGAAACAAGCAGUCAAUUGAAAACUCGUCAUAUCUCAAAAUACAUUCAUUCCUAUGUGUAAGAAACAAAAUUUAUCCUUAGCUAACUGUAUGUAUAACAGAAGAUGAUGUAUCAAACAAAAGUUCGGUGGAUUUUUGCAUCCUUUAAAGGAAAACAUUUUUUGAGAAUGGGCGAGUUUGGAUUUUGGCGAUCAGAUCUAUUUUGAUCGUUUCCAUUAUUUGAUAAAUAGAUUUGUCAAUCACUUUCCAAGCGUAAUAAUUAAUCCUCUUGAUCAACAUGUUGGCAAGAAAGGCACUAUUUAGCCGAAAUAACGAUGAAACAGGCUCGUUGCUCAGCACUUAACGCUUCUCCAAAUUGCAUUCCUGUUUCUAUUUUAACUGGAUUCAUAAAUGAUAUGAUUGUUUAACCUGGAGUUAUAAAACGUGCAUCUAAUAUAUUUAUUCAUGGGUAAACAUUUUUAUCAAUCUACCAGUUGAUUUUCACCUGGGCCUGGAAAAUACUUUCAAGUCGAUGCUCAUCAUUCAUUUUUUUUGUUGUCUUUUAUUAAUUAUCAUUCAAUGGGGGAGUAAUCAAACUGGUCCCCUGCUAAAUUCUUAAGACUUAUAGAGUGUCACUUAAUAGUUUAUGAGAUACUGAUUUUUUAUCAAAAACAUUUUUUUAAUCGAUCCAGCAGAUAAUAAAGCUUGCGGCAAUCAUCUUUGUAUUGAUUGUGUAAUUAUUUAAUGACCUAUUAAUGGCAUGAACAUUCGCAAAGAAAAAAAUUAAUCAAAAAGAGUUUACUGUUGCUCCCAGAAUGAUCAUUAUGGUAUCGAAUGUCCUGUGUCAAUUUUAUCUUGGUAGUUUAACCAUCCCAAUCAGUUCAGUAAUACAAUUAAAAAAAAAAGACAUUUCAAAUGCAACAUUUCAAAAUUAGUGCACAUUUUUAUUUUUUAAAAUAAAUACAAAUCAGCUGACUUGUUGGCUUCGAAUUUUCCCUGGUUCAUUUUUAAUGUUUCAUCCGAGUAUAACUUUUAUGCCGUUUUGCUUUUUUGUUUUUCUUUCAAGAAAUGAAAUACGUGCAAGAAUUUUCAUGAGUUGUAUCACAAUUUUUAACUUUCGUCGUGAAUCGGCAAUUUCCUUUUCUCUUCUUUUUCAUUAUGCAUUUCAUUUUGUUUGAGAAAAUGUAGGCAAAAAAACGUUGUCUAAUCAUCAAGAAUCAUUAUUUUUAAACCUCAAGGUGUUUUUUAAAAAGUGAGAAUGUCUGUCAAACUAUUGGACAAUAUUCAGUAAGAAAGAUAAAAUACAUUUAAAGUUGUAUUCCUUAACUUGGGUACCACCCCCAAUUAUGAAAAAAAUUUGUAUACCUCCAUAUGAUUAGUAAUGCGCGCAUAAUUGUGUCGUUUGUUUCACAAUCUGAAGCAUUCGAUUUUAAGAUUAUAGCUUGUUAGGAUGUUCUUUUUCAAGUAACAGCUGCUGCUGAAAUAAAACAUUCCACCCGCUGAUUCCUGAUAAAUUAAGACUUGAAAUUAACUUUUCUAGCACUGAAAUGAAAGUUUGUUGAGUGAAGUAUCAGUUCCAGGUGGGUCUUAUCCUCUCCUUUUGUCAGACAGAACGAUGAAGUAAUAACCCAAGGAAACUAAUUAUGAACAUUAUGUGGUGCAAUAUGUGACAUCAACUCCAAAACGAAAACUCUUCCAGGAAGUUGAAGGAAAAACUUUGCUGUAUAUUAAUUCAAAGACUGUUAUUGAAAUAGUUGAAAAUUUAAUUUUCUUCAAGCACUUUUCAAAAAUAGCAAACCAAUAUUUUUCAGAAUUAUGUUCGGUGCAUUUCUAAGGCUUAUUUCUGAAGCGCUCAAGGAACGCUUUGCAUAAAAUUUUAUCCAAUAUCAGCUUGAUUGUAUCUUUUACUGUCCAAUGGAAAUGCAGUGGGUAUAGCAUAUAUCAUGAUGGAGAAAAAAAUCUCAGGCUGGUUCAAACUACAUAUUAUGUAUGUUGUUCCGUUUUCAGUUUUGAAAAUCAAGCAUGAAAGGAGGUUUAGGAGGCUGAAAUCAUGUCAUACUGAUCCUAGUUCAUGCAUCCAUAUCUAAGAAAUAUAGUUCAACCAGUGUAAGGAUCUAUAUGCCGAAUAAGAUGUUCUAUGUAUAUUCUCUUUAUAAUUGCACUCCUACGAGAAAUUUGAGAAUCUCGAAAAAUCAUCAAUUUUAGCUAGUUAAGAUACAAGUGAUCAAAUAGAAUUAUUGCUCCUGAACUUCUGUAAAUUAUGUUUUGCACAAGUUGGACCCCCUCAAUUUUUUUAAUUCUCCAACUUUGUUGCUCCAUGUACAGAAACUUGAUUCUCUUAAAAUACUGCCCUUAUGAAUUACGCGGCAGCAUUUGUAUGUAUUCUCUGGUGUUGACAGUAAUUAGCCACUAGACAAGGCCUAAACCAAAAGGAACGGUACGUUUCCUCUUCAAAAUCUUAUGUAGAAAACGAUCAGCAGAAAGUUCAGAUAUCAACUCCUGAACAAGACACUAACAAGGACCAAAAUCUUGUUUGUGUACGGUAGACCACACAUUGUGGAACCUAACUACUAAAUGUAACUUUAAUUAGGGAAAAUUUUAUGUUAUAAACUCAAGCUACGCGCAAGUUUAGCUUUUUUGACAGUCAGCCAACCUUAAUUUCUCAAUGGUUCCAACCAUUAAUCAGCGAACGAAUAACGAUGCUGACAUUUUCACCACAACUUUCAGCCUUACAUCAACUGGCCAACAAAAUUUGGACUAUGUAUAUUGAAGACAGAUCAAACAGAAGUUAGAACAUACAAUUGACUUCAUUUGUAUUUUACCCAUUCACCCAAUGUUGAUCGUGAACUUGUAUAUAUUGUUUAGGAGUUGAUGUUCAGACUUCCUUCUGUCACGCAAUUUGUUUUUCUCUUAAAAUUUUGAAAAGAAUACAUGCUAUGUGGCACCCUAAUCAAUUUCUUGUCAAGAGGCCUGUUAUAAUCAGAGAGCAGGGAUUUUUUAUGUUUGUUAAAGUGACUUUGGCACAUGCUGCUACUUAUCUUUCUCAAAAAUCUGUUUAGCAGAUUAAUUUAUUUUUCUAAGAAAAUUUUUCCGCAUUUAAUCCCAUACCAAAUGGAGAUUCUGCAAGUUGGCGCAUCUGUUGUCAAAUGUCAAAGAAUAUGUCAUGGGAACAGUUCAAUAAAAAAUUUGUACUGUGACAAUAA